AUGUCCCUCGCACGCACCACAUCCAGCAGCACGACCCUCACAGCCGUCUCACAGGCCACCACGCUCGUCCCCGAGCGCGCCGGCGCUGCGCCUGCCGCUCGCAAGGGCAUCAAGGCCAAGCUGCGGCAAGCGUUCGGCGGCGUAUCCGACGAGGCUGUCGCGACGCUCGUAGGCGAGGGAUUCUCCGAGGCCGACACCCGCGCGGCCCUCAAGACGACCGCGGGCGACGCGGCGUUCGCGCGCCGGAUGCUCGUCCACCAGCGCGACCAUGCCGCUGCGCCGACGCCGAAGACUUGCUUCCUCUGCAGGCCGGGCGGGGACGGAGCUGCGAAGGCCAACACGCGCCAGAGCGAGUUUGGAACCAACACUCAGUUCUGGUAG